AAGCCUUAUUUAUUAUCAUUUUCCCCACUGUUGGCAUGGCAACACAGGCGUACGUUACUGAGCUACAGGCAGCCCCGCAACCCUCCCAGCCGCCACAGGCCCCGCCACAGGCCCAACCCCAGCCGCCACCGCCGCCGCCAUCAACAGCACCCCAGCCCCCCCAGCCACCUGCUACUGCUGCCACCCCCCAGCCCCAGUACGUCACCGAGCUGCAGAGCCCCCAGCCCCAGGCACAGCCACCAGGCAGCCAGAAGCAGUAUGUGACGGAGCUCCCGGCUGCCCCCACGCCCUCACAGCCAGCUGGCACACCUGCCCCUUCCGCGGUGUCCCAGCAGUACAUCGUGGUCACCGUCUCUGAAGGUGCCAUGCGGGCCAGUGAGACAGUGUCGGAGGCCAGCCCAGGUUCCACGGCCAGCCAGACUGGAGUCCCCACUCAGGUGGUUCAGCAGGUGCAAGGCACCCAGCAGCGGCUGCUGGUCCAAACAAGUGUGCAGGCCAAGCCAGGCCACAUGUCACCCCUCCAGCUCACCAACAUCCCUGUUCCCCAGCAGGCUCUCCCCACGCAGCGACUGGUAGUGCAGAGCACAGCCCCGGGUGUCAAAGCAGGCCAGGUUUCUCUGACGGUGCACGGCACCCAGCAGGUGCACUCACCUCCUGAGCGGUCACCAGUGCAGGCCAACAGCUCCUCCAGCAAGACGGCUGGGGCCCCCCCGGGCACAGUGCCACAGCAGCUGCAGGUCCACGGCGUCCAGCAGAGUGUCCCUGUCACCCAAGAGAGGUCUGUGGUCCAGGCCACUCCACAGGCACCCAAAGCCAGCCCAGUGCAGCCACUCACGGUGCAGGGGCUCCAGCCAGUUCAUGUGGCCCAAGAGGUGCAGCAGCUCCAGCAGGUACCUGUCCCACAUGUGUACUCCAGCCAAGUGCAGUAUGUGGAGGGUGGCGACGCCAGCUACACAACCAGUGCCAUCCGUUCCAGCACCUACCCUUACCCUGAAACACCGCUGUACACGCAGACAGCAGGCACCAGUUACUACGAGGCUGCAGGCACGGCUGCCCAGGUCAGCACGCCAGCCACCUCCCAGGCAGUGGCCAGCAGCGGCUCUGUGCCCAUGUAUGUGUCUGGCAGCCAGGUUGUCGCCAGCCCCACCAGCAGUGGGGGCGGGGCCAGCAACAGCAGCAACGGUGGCAGUAGUGGCAGUGGAGCCAGUGGUGGGAGCAGUGGCGGCGGCAGCGGCGGCGGCAGCGGCGGAGCAGGCACCUACGUGAUCCAAGGUGGCUACAUGCUGGGCAGUGCCAGCCAGUCCUACUCCCACACCACCCGUGCCUCACCAGCCACUGUCCAGUGGCUCCUGGACAACUACGAGACGGCUGAGGGCGUGAGCCUGCCACGGAGCACCCUCUACUGCCAUUACCUGCUGCACUGCCAAGAGCAGAAGCUGGAGCCCGUCAAUGCCGCCUCCUUUGGCAAGCUCAUCCGCUCUGUGUUCAUGGGCUUGCGCACCCGCCGUCUGGGCACCAGGGGCAACUCCAAGUACCACUACUAUGGCCUGCGCAUAAAGGCCAGCUCGCCCCUGCUGCGGCUGAUGGAGGACCAACAGCACAUGGCCAUGCGGGGCCAGCCCUUCUCACAGAAGCAGAGGCUCAAGCCCAUCCAGAAGAUGGAGGGCAUGACCAACGGUGUGGCUGUGGGGCCACAGCAGGCCACCGGGCUGUCAGACAUCAGCGCCCAGGUCCAGCAGUACCAGCAGUUCCUGGAUGCCUCGAGGAGCCUCCCUGACUUCUCGGAGCUUGACAUCCAGGGCAAAGUACUGCCUGAGGGCAUCGGGCCCGGGGACAUCAAGGCCUUCCAGGUCCUAUACCGGGAACACUGUGAGGCCAUCGUUGAUGUCAUGGUGAACCUGCAGUUUACCCUGGUGGAGACACUGUGGAAAACCUUCUGGAGGUACAACCUCAGCCAGCCCAGUGAGGCACCACCACUGGCCGUGCACGAUGAGGCCGAGAAGCGGCUGCCUAAGGCCAGCUUGGUGCUGCUAUCCAAGUUCGAGCCCGUGCUGCAGUGGACCAAGCACUGUGACAACGUGCUAUAUCAGGGCCUGGUGGAGAUCCUUAUCCCCGAUGUGCUGCGGCCCAUCCCCAGUGCCUUGACUCAAGCAAUCCGGAACUUUGCCAAGAGCCUGGAAAGCUGGCUCACCCAUGCCAUGGUGAACAUCCCUGAGGAGAUGCUGCGGGUGAAGGUGGCAGCUGCAGGCGCCUUCGCGCAGACGCUGAGGCGCUACACAUCACUUAACCACUUAGCGCAGGCGGCGCGCGCUGUGCUGCAGAACACGGCGCAGAUCAAUCAGAUGCUGAGCGACCUCAACCGCGUGGACUUCGCCAACGUGCAGGAGCAGGCCUCGUGGGUGUGCCGCUGUGAGGACCGCGUGGUGCAGCGGCUGGAGCAGGACUUCAAGGUGACGCUGCAGCAGCAGAACUCACUGGAGCAGUGGGCGGCCUGGCUGGACGGCGUCGUGAGUCAGGUGCUCAAGCCCUACCAGGGCAGCGCCGGCUUUCCCAAGGCUGCCAAGCUCUUCCUCCUCAAGUGGUCCUUCUACAGCUCCAUGGUGAUCAGGGACCUGACCCUGCGCAGCGCGGCCAGCUUCGGCUCCUUCCACCUCAUUCGGCUGCUCUACGAUGAGUACAUGUACUACCUGAUCGAGCACCGCGUGGCCCAGGCCAAGGGGGAGACCCCCAUCGCCGUCAUGGGCGAGUUCGCCAACCUGGCCACCUCGCUGAACCCCCUAGACCCGGACAAAGAUGAGGAGGAGGAAGAGGAGGAGGAGAGCGAGGAUGAGCUGCCACAGGACAUCUCGCUGGGGGCCGGCGGCGAGUCUCCGGCACUGGGCCCCGAGGCCCUGGAACCACCGACCAAACUUGCGCGGACCGAUGCGCGAGGCCUCUUCGUGCAGGCGCUGCCUUCCAGCUAAGCCUGCAGCCUACCCCGCCCUGCCCACCUACCCCCUCCGCUCCUCCACUCCAGGGUCCCACACAGCUUCUGUGGCUUCGCUGUCCCCACUCCAGCCUCUGCCAAGGCCAGGAGGGGGCCUCCAAGACAAGGAAGGCAAGGGGGUCCCCGCCCCGGACUGGGCCGGCACAAUCACAGGGCUGGGUGAAGCUACAGCUGCAAACUCUGACACAAAAGACGUGCCUUAAGGAACCCGCCGCUGUGCCCAGGUGCCCUUUGGGGCAGCAGCCUGGCCCCUUGACAGGAAGGCAGCAGCCUCUCC